AUUUCAAAGGGGGUGAAAGCUAGCGUUUCCUGGAAUUUGGCUGGCGCUUGGAGUUGACUGCAAAAGCUGGGUAUAGAAAUAUUCCCCAGAUGGGCAUUGCGCCUGGAGAGCGCAGCGCGGGCCUGGCCCGAAUCCCAGGGCACGUCCCGCUGCUGGCAUUGGAGGAAGACACAACAAAAAGAAGAACAAAAAGAGAAAGAAAAAGAAGACGAAAUAGAGAAACAAAAAAAAACAGAACGAAGCACCAAAAACAAAAACAGAAACAAAACAAAACAAAAAAAAAAAAUACAAAAGACCGUCAGAAUACGGAUCAAUAAACGGAUCCAAAACCCACAACAGAAAACAGGGCCCGGCCCCCGCGCUCGCCCCAGCGCUCGCCCUGGCACGGCGCGCGCCUCCCAAACCCACCCUAAAACCACCCGCU